CUUAAAUGAUUGCUCAAGUGUGUCGUCCGCUGAGAAGACUCCAACCGGUUCCGGGAUUGAGAAAGGCUUAUAAUNGUACUCGUACCGGUACUGAAAAGGGACUUUUUUCAAUUGGAUCGAUGACUAAAAGGGUUCACUCCUCUCUCGACUGCGUAGAACAGCACCCUUCCCUCCUACCAUCACUGGCAAGGAAUUCCCCGAAUAAUAAAUAUCAUCACAGCCAUGGCAGACGUAGACGAACGCGUUGCUGCCAAGGCCGCACUGGAGGCCGCMGAAGAAGAGCUCCAAUCCCUGUGCGCCUCCCACGCCGGGACUUUCGUGAGCGUGGAACGACGCGGUCGGGCCCUCGAGGUAUCUCUCGAAGAACUAUUGGCUACAGUGCAGUCGGUGAAAUUGGACGUCGCRUCGACACAGGAAGCCCUCGAACAGGAAGAAGAAGAUGGUCCCGGCCGAGCGCGGGAGAAUUCUCUUGCGGCACUUUCUGAAAAACAUCGCGUGAGGCGACGGACCCUGCUGCAGCACUCGAGCUUGCUGGAACUCCUGGAAUUGCCGUCCCUGAUGGACGCYUGCGUGAGAUCGAAUUUAUACGAAGAGGCCCUGAGCAUUGCCGCSUUUUCCAAUACGCUGGAACGGCGCCACACCGAACAGAACCAGGUCGUUCUCAAGGUCAUAGCACAGGUGCGGUCGAGACAGGUGGAUCUGCGACGGUACCUCUUGCAUUCCCUAAAAAACCAGGUUACCAUGCCGGAGUGUUUGGAAAUCGUUACGGCGCUGCGCCGAUUGAAUUCGAUCGACCUCGAGCGGCUGCGAUCGAGCGAAAAAUCGAGCGUCGAACGAGUCUUUGCCGCUAUGGAAUUGUCCCUCCAGGUAGACUUUCUGGAGGCCCGGGACGUUUGGCUGGAUCAACCCACAACCGCGACCACCAACUACGCAACGAGCACUCCUCGUGGUUCGAAUAGCUCCAAAAUCGUGCUUUCGCAUUCGACAUCGGAGCAAUUGCUAGAUACGAUCGAGCGAUAUCGGACGAGGUGAGGGUUGCCAUGUUUGAAUAUGACCGUGAUUGUGAAUGUACCUAGGAAUAUUCAAAUCAAUGUUCCCCUCUUGGAUAUUUUGCGUACAACGUCUAACUCGCAUGGGCGUCAAUGUCUUMCUACAUUUCUCUUACACAACAAAACUUUUGCCUCAAAAACGUUGGCGCGGUUGCUGAUUGCAGGAUGUUUGAAAUCGCAACCCAGUUCAAUGCUAUUUUUCGCGCCCAACAAAGUUCCCACACAACUAAUGGCGGUUCAUCUUCCGCAAGYAUCGCCGAUUCCAACAUCGACAWCGACGGGCAGGUUUCGGUAUCGUUGCUGAGUAUGUGGGUCACGCGCCGGAUCCAUUCCUUCCUAAAGACUCUUUCCUCCCAGCUCCGCCUCAUGGACGAAUCGGGCUCGCUCCGAGAUGCCCUCGAUGCUUGUAUAUUUUUCACUGGUAGCAUGGGACGAUUGGGUGCCGACUUCACCGCACAACUUCCACCAUUGUUUGAACAACAGCUGGUGAUCAUUGUCGUCAACAAYUGGAAGGAGGGAACCAACCAGCUGGCCGAAACUCUUAAAAUUUGCCGCGAGGCCGGAGUGGCAUCGCCCCUUUUUUCUUCUACGAUAGUGCCAACUGGUCCAUCAUCCUCUGCUGGCAACACCUAUGCCGAAAACGACGAAGAAGGCUAUUCGUCUUCGACGUCGUCUAUCAUGAUGCCACCACCUCGAAACCUGAUGGCACUCCCACCAUUGGGACGCCUCGUGAAUGCAUGCCUGAACGGCCUCAACGAACUGCGUCGAUGUCUCUUGCCGGGCGUCUUCUCCCAGCUGAGGGAAGCGAUCGAGAAAGAAUUCCUGCUCGAAACGAAAAACAUUCUUCACGCACACGAGCGCGCGGUAAUGACGCCGGGGCUGAGGGGAGACGCUGCUAAGCUCCGGGAAAACGCAAAGGACAUGAAGAAGGCUGCCAAAACCAUUAUCUUCCCGUACGUCCGGGGUGCCCUCGAGCUGUCKCUGGGAAACGAAUCGGGGGCAAAAGUGCACUUUGACAAGGUGCGAAAGGCCGUUGCUCCUCCUGCACCGCCACCACCCAAACCAACCGUGGAAGAAGAGAACACGCAAGAAAAAACAGAAACGGACAUACCAGAGCCCACAGCUCCCACAGYUCCUACUACUAGCACUGGUAAUGCAGCCCUAGCACCAUCUGCACAAACCGAGACGCCCAAAGAAUCAUAACAAUUUUUAAACGAUGUAUUCACCCUACUGCUAUCCGAUGAAAUAUUCUAUGA